AUGAGCGCAGCCGGCCUGCCCAGCCUCCGCCUGCAGGUGCAGCGGCGCGGCACUCUGGCACCAUCCAGGGUGCGCCUGCGUGUGGCGGCUGUGGCCCUCCCUCCGAACUAUGGCUGGGUCAUGACGUCGGUGGCCUUCACCGCGGCGGUGGUGCAGUGGCAGGCCGCCCGCGUGAUGAAGGCGCGCAAGGAGUGUGGCGUGGCGUACCCCACUCUGUACGCCCCCGGCACCGACGAGCUUGCCACCAGGUUCAACUGCACCCAGCGCGCCCACCAAAACUCCAUCGAGAUGCUGCCGCAGCAGCUGGCGAUGCAGAUGCUGGUGGGACUGGUGUACCCGCGGGCCGCGGCGGCGCAGGGCUUGGUGUGGGCCAUCGGCCGCAUCCUGUACACGCGAGGCUACAGCACCGGCGACCCGGCUCAGCGGGCGCCUGGUGGCAGCUUGGCCUGGAUGUCCUACCUCUGCCUCAUGGUCGCCACCGCGGUGGUGGGCAUCAGGAUGGUGCUGGGCAUGUGA